AAACAGGUCAGAAAUGUCACAAACUGUAGACGAUCACAGCUCCUACAAGGAAUGGGAGACGACCAAGAUGAUGGAAUUGCAAGAUCAAGAGCUGAAGAGAGCACGUAAAGGAGCUUGGUGCCUCCCUGCCUCCUGCCAGGGCAGAGCUGUGGCGCUCCUAUACAUCCUCUUGGCCUUCUGCUUUGUGCUGCUCUUGGCUGUCAUCGUCAUCAGUCUUCAGAAAAUAAAUGCCAUGUGGGAGGCUCUGGAAGAAGCGAGGCUGAGGAACGAGAAAAUCCACGCGAGCUCAUGGCAGAACCUGUCGCACGUCCAGCACUUCAUGGAUCAGCAGAUGUCCAGCCAGCUCACAGCAUUUCACAGCCACCUUCUUAACGUAUCCAAAGAAGUGGAGAACAUGAGGGCGAAGAUGACGCAGUGUGAAGCGGGUUGUGGGAAAGCCCUGUCGGAUCGCCUCCGCGUCCUAGAGGGACAGACGGCGUCGUGGCCGGCGCCGGGGGAGCUGGCUGAGCUGAAGCACCAGGAGAGCACGAUGCGGGCGCUGCUGAACGGCGUGCUGGAGGAGAUGCGCCAAGUGUCAGAAGUUAUCUGCACGCGGUGUCCGGCCGGCUGGCAGCAGUUCUUGAGAACCUGCUACUUCUUCUCGACGGACCAGAAAGCCUGGAUGGAUGCUAAGCUGUUCUGCACCAACCUCAGCUCUCACCUGGCCAUCAUCAACAGCGAGCAGGAGAACAAAUUCUUGGCAAAUCAGAUCAUGGAAACGCAGACGUACUGGCUGGGCCUCACCGACAUGCACAAAGAAGGGGACUGGCAGUGGGUGGACGGCCGCCCGCUCUCUCUCAGGCUCUGGAGCAGCGGCGAACCCAACAACGUCGGCCACUACGGCGAGGACUGCGCCUUCCUCUAUGCCAACGGGCACUGGAACGACGCCGUCUGCUCCAAAGCUGAGCCCUUUAUCUGCGAGCGGAGCUGCUAGCCUGCUCCCCGGCGCUGGUUUCACGCUUCGCCCGUGGGGCUGUCCGCCUGGGGCCUGCUCCUCUUCCUUUGGGACUUGCUGGAUGAAGCCGAGCUCGGUACCGGGACUCUCUUGAUCCAGAGCAGACUUUAAGCUUGAAAACCUGUAACACAUGAGCAUAGGCAGAAAACAGAGGUACCAGGGCUAACGAGAGCACAACGAUGGGCAGCUACCGGUCAUGGAGGAAGCACAGCCCUGCAAGGUGGAAAAAAAAAUGCUCAAAAUAGGAGAAAUGGAACGAAACGGGGCUAAGAAACAGGCUGAGGUGCCCAUGCAGCCUGGAUGCCCCAGCAGCUGAUAAAAGGGCCAAAAUCGGGUGUUAAAGGAAUCAUCACGGUGGGAUCGCCCUGUGACGGAUGCCGGAUCGCAGCUGCGAGCCCGCUGCCGGCGACAAGGAUCCCGGUUCCUCCGCCUCGACUCUUCCCCCGACUGGCCCAGAACCGUGUGCUGCGCUGUGAACAUUUCCUGCACGUUUCCACCCCAAAUUCUGCACGUUUCCC